AUGGUUAUCCUUUGUACUUUUAUCGGUGGCAUAUUCUUUUUUAUCGGUACGUUUGGUAAUAUUUUAUGUAUCGUUGUUUUCUUACGACGUAAAUUUCGUUCACGUAUAAUCACACCAUAUUUUAUUGCAUUAUUGCUGGCUGAUUCCAUUUAUCUUGGUCUUCGUCUAAUAAAACUGUUUUAUCAUCAACAACAUUCAUUUUAUCGUUAUCUUCAUCAAUCAUGUUCUCAGAAUUUUCUGAUUGAUCUGUUCAAUAUGGUUACACAAAAAUUUCAUGUUCUCUUCAUACCAUUUGUUCAUUUUGAAACGUAUGUGCGUUUCUCUAUUAUUGUUCUCGGUUUUCUAAGUAUGCAACGUUGUUUACAUCUUCAAAGAUUAAAAGUGGCUAAAAAGAACUAUUGGUCAUAUUCAUUCAUUCUUUUAUCAUUUAUUAUUGCAUACGCAUUUGAAUUUUUUGGUUUAACAUUAUUUUGUUCAAGAGAAAAUAAUCGUCAGUUAUCCUACAGUUGGUUUUUAUAUACCGUUCAAAACUUAACUAAUUAUACAAAUUUACUAACAAUAUCCAUGAAGAAUCAUCCGUCUGAUUAUCAAUGUACUCAACAACAUAUUCAACGAAUUAUAUCAAAUGUGAUACCAAAUUGUACAAAUGAACAGUUAAUCGAAAUAUUAGGUAGGGUUGUUCUUGAGCACACAUUUUCAGUUGCCGUAUAUAUCGCACGUUCUUUGUAUAUUUAA